AAGACCUUCAGGAGAGAAGAACACAGCAGGGCUGCGUGGGAAUCGAACACGCGCACUAAACGGCCACAGCGACACACGCCUUACACGUCCGGACCGCAGCGGACCCCUUCACUCCAACCAUGAAGUCUCCUAAACUGGCGCGCCAAGCCAAGCUACUGGACGUGGACGACCUGGACGACGUGUUGUGCGAGUUCGAUGCCGUGAUCGAGGACUUCACGUCGCCGCUGGAGAAGCGCCACUUUCGCUACGACGAGCACCUGAGGACGGUGAAGAGGCGGAGCAGCGUCAGCGACAGCGGCAUCAGCGACACUGACAGCGCAGACUCGUUAAACCGAAACAGCUUCAGUCUGAGCGACGAGAGGCUCCACUCGCCCAGUGCGCUGUCCCCGAUGCCCACCUCGCCCACGCUGAUGUCACCAAAACCCAAACUGGGCGACACCAAAGACCUGGAGGACUUCAUCGCAGACUUGGACAAGACUUUAGAGAGUAUGUGACAUGGGGACUGGCAGCCAUCUUGGACCACCCCCCACCCCCCACAUACCUGCCCCCUGACUGAACCACGCCCCCCAACAGGAAGCAGCUGCUCGUUAGCUCCACGUUGUCCUGGAGUCUAGUCCACGCUCUAGUCCACUGGCUCCACGCCACCUGGCGCAUUGCAUCGCAGCCACACUGGAAUAUUAUAAUAAUUAUGCUAUUAUUAUUAUGAUACUGUAUUUCUUAUUAUUGCCACAAAUAAGAUCAGCUUAGAAUCUCUCACAAAAAAUGUUGUUUUUGUAAAAGGAAUAUAUUUGUAAUUUUAUAGAGCUUGAUAUUGUAAAUGCAUUGGUCUUUUUUGUGAAAUAUAUUUUUGUACCAGAUGUAAAUACUAAUUAUUGAAAUGGUCACAAAAUGUUGGUGAAAAAUACAAAGAAAUGUAUGGAAAGCAAUAUCAUGACAGCUAACAUCUGCCUGGCAUCACAUUAAAAAUGAGUUUGUUUAUAAAAUA